AUGUCCUACCUACAGAACCAGCUCAAGAGCUUCAACGCCAGCGUGAUGGAGUCGGCGAACCGCAUGCCGCAACAGCGGCGCGUUGUCAACAACGCUUCGGCCAGCAGCUCGCAAGUCCCUUCGUCUGCGCCGACUCCUUCAUCCUCCGGCGAAGCCAAGAAGAAGCGCCACGAUGUCGACAUAGUUUACUCGCAGCCCGCCAACACCGGCACGGGCAAGGACAUCAUGACGCAGGUCCUUUUUGCGAUCGAGCACAUGAAAACCAAGGGCGUGCCGCUCAAGUUCGACAAUAUCGUCUCGUAUCUCUCCCUGCAGCACCGCGAAAAUGACCCGGGCUACAUCCAUGCCCUCCGGAGCAUUCUACAAAUGCACGAGAAGGUCGAUUUCGAUCCGAGCGGCGCAAAUGGUGAGGGGACCUUCAGCUUCCGUCCCCCGCACAACAUUCGCACUCCCGAGCAACUGCUGCAGCAUCUGCAGGCACAGACGACCGCGGCGGGGAUGAGUGUCCGUGAUCUGCGAGAGGGGUGGCCGAAUGUCGAGGAAGCGAUCAACCAGAUGGAGAAGGAAGGGAAGCUGCUCGUGACCCGGAACAAGAAGGAUGACCAUGCCAAGAUGGUGUGGGCGAACGAUCCCUCGCUGAUGGAGCACUUCGAUGACGAAUUCAAGCAGAUCUGGGACAAGAUCAAGAUCCCGAGUGCGCAGGAUGUCAAGGAGGAGCUGGAGAAGGCCGGUAUCACGCCUACCAACAAGAACAAGGUGGUGAAGGCGCGGCCCAAGGUGGAGCAGAAGAAGACCAAGAAGCCCCGGCGCAGCGGCAAGACCACCAACACGCACAUGAUGGGUAUUCUUCGGGACUACUCUCAUCUGAAGCGGUGA